AUGCCCCCCUUCUGUCCCCGUCUCGGAGAUACGGAGGAUUUGAGGGAUUACAAAGCCACGGACGCUGAGCACAAGGAGCUCCGCAGAAAAAUUCGAAAUCGGAACAAGCAACGGGCUUACAGGAAGCGACUCGAAAACAAGGGGACGACGGGCCAGGAAGCUCGCCCGUAUCACGUCGAGCGCUGGCGUCUCGACGAGGUGGGACAUAACUCGUCGGCCAAAACAACCUCAUCAUCACAGCCUGAGAGUGAUGAGAAUUCAGCCCUGCGGCUCCCAGCAUAUACCAUUCCAGGUGAGGACGGCCGGACGCCAGCUGCCCCAACCUCUACUGUCGGCCGGCUACGGUCAACGAGUAACGGGGCCAUGUCGCGGUGGAGCACAACUGCCGCGCCAAUGGUGCCAUUCCCUCUCUCUGCCGACCACCUGAUGCACAUCAUGCAGUUCAAUGUACUUCUAGGACUCAAGGCCAACAAAACUGCCGUCGGCCAUUGGGGUCGAUGUUGCGACGGUCCUACCCCUCUUCCAUCCAAGCGGGGGGUGCCGGACGCCCUCAUGCCUACGCCGCUACAGCUGGGGCGCGGCCACUCGAGCUGGAUCGACAUGGUCCCAUUUCGACAGCUGCGAGACAACCUGAUACACUGGGAGGCCUACUUCGACCACGGGGAGUUCCUCAGAGACUUGGUGGGAGAAAUUGGAGAAGUCGUUCCAUCCGAGGAUGCCCAGCACUGGAGCAAAAUUCCCAAGCCAAAAACGGUGUCGAGAUUCCAACACCAGAUCCCUGAUGGACAUCAGGGCUUGGUCUUAUGGGGCGAGCCUCAUGAUAUCAAUAAUUGGGAGCUCACCCCGGAAUUCCUGGCCAAGUGGAUGUGGGCAGCCAAAGGCUGCGAGGCCCAGCUGAUAGAGAUCAGUAACCGAUGGAGACUGUUCAGGGGCAAUGGCGCAAUGCGGUUCUCUGUGGUGACGGAAUGA